AUGGUGAUCUCGUUAUUUGAACCAAGAGAGCUGCUAAGCAACGAAGCACAGUCUCGUCUGUUCCUCCCUGGCUUCCAGGGGUUCUUUAUAUCACCUUUUGCCGAGGGCGGUUACAACUUCGACCCUUAUUCCUGGGAUGGCACUGUUGACAACACCGGCGACGGCUUGAGCUAUUCCGAUCCGGACAGUCCCUGGUCGUCCUUCGCUCCAGACACUCCUCUUGGCAUUGGCAUCGUGACCUCAGGAAUGCCGUUGACUCCACAAGGAUCAGUCCUUGGAAUCGAAGUGGACCACCCUGAGGAAAACGAACAGUACAGCUUCCCCGUGCACGACAGCGCGGAGGACCUGACGGUCGACCCCAGUCACUUAGAUAUGGACCAAUAUCAAGCCACGUACGACACUGGAGCCCAGCAUUCAGGCUCAUAUAUCAAUACUCAGGCCUGCUCUUAUUUCCCUUUGCCUGGAGUUGGGCCUUCGGGCCCCCUUCCUAUCUCUCACCAAUACUCAACAUAUUCAUUUGAACAACCCAUUGAAGCCUAUCAGGGCCCUGACAUCCCUUUGACUGGAGACGUACAAGACCUCAACCAAUACGGUCCGGCAGAAGUAGCAGGAGCCCACCCUCCACCCCGCUACGCUUCAUCAGCAUAG